UGAGCACUUAACACACAGACCAGAAGACAAGCUCUUUGGAAAAGCUGCUCUCCCGCGCCAUCCCCAUUUCCACCAGGGAAUACGUUCCCCUGGACUUUGGAAAAUAAGGAACCAGCAGACUGGAACAGGAUUAGAAGCAAAUCGGGCACCGAAAAGGAAAUGGCGGAUCCACCCAGGAGUUGGAGUUGCAGAGAGCUGCGCCUGCUCUUUGUGCUGAUGGGGACUCUGUGGGGGGCGAGGGGAGGGCAGAUUCGCUACUCCGUGCCUGAGGAGCUGGACAAAGGCUCCUUCGUGGGUAAUGUCGCUAAGGAUCUGGGCUUGGAAUCCUGGGAACUGGCGGAGCGCGGAGCCCGCAUCGUCUCCAGAGGUAGGACGCAGCUUUUUGCUUUGAACCCGGGGAGCGGCAGCUUGGUCACCGCGGGCAGGAUAGACCGGGAGGAGCUGUGCGCUCAGAGCGCGCGGUGCCUGGUGAGUUUUAAUAUAUUGGUUGAGAAAAAAAUGAAAAUUUAUGGAAUAGAAGUAGAAAUAAUCGAUAUUAAUGAUAACUUCCCACGCUUCCGGGAUGAGGAAGUAAAAGUAAAAGUUAAUGAAAAUGCGGCUACAGGAACACGGUUAGUGCUUCCAUUCGCUCGAGAUGCAGAUGUGGGUGUGAACUCCCUCCAGAGUUACCAGCUCAGCUCCAAUAGGCACUUCUCUCUGGGUGAGAAAAGUGGAACUGAUGGACAAAAAUACCCAGAGCUGGUAUUGGAAUGGCCCGUAGAUCGGGAGAAAGUGGCUGUUCAUGACCUCCUCCUCACAGCUUUAGACGGUGGAGACCCCAUUCUGUCUGGUACUACGCACAUCCGCGUGAUAGUGCUCGAUGCAAAUGAUAAUGCGCCCCUGUUCACUCAGUCGGAGUACAAAGUAAACGUUCCAGAGAACAUACCUGUAGGCACUCGGCUGCUCACACUAACCGCCACAGAUCCAGAUGAGGGAAUAAAUGGGAAAUUGACAUAUUCUUUUCGUAAUGAAGAAGACAAAAUUUCAGAGACUUUCAAACUUGAUUCCAACCUUGGUGAAAUCUCUACGGUGCAAUCGCUGGAUUAUGAAGAAUCGAGAUCCUACCUCAUGGAAGUGGUAGCUCAGGAUGGAGGUGCUCUUCUGACUAGCGCAAAAGUGCUGGUCACAGUACAGGAUGUAAAUGACAAUGUUCCCGAGGUAAUCCUGACUUCUCUGGCCAGUUCCAUCUCUGAAGACAGCCUUCCUGGGACUGUAAUCGCAUUGUUGAGCAUACACGAUAGUGAUUCUGGAGAGAAUGGUGAAACUGCAUGCUCUAUCCCCAAGAACUUGCCUUUUAAAUUGGAAAAGUCCGUUGAAAAUUACUACCAUUUACUGACAACAAGAGCCCUGGACAGGGAAGAGAUCUCAGAUUAUAAUAUCACAGUAACUGUGACUGACCGUGGAAACCCACCCCUUUCAACAGAAAACAUUAUCUCCCUGAAAGUGGCAGACAUCAAUGACAACCCUCCCCUCUUCCCUCACACCUCCUACUCCACCUACAUCCCAGAAAACAACCCCAGAGGCAUAUUGAUCUUCUCAGUGGCUGCCAAUGACCCUGACAGUGGCAACAAUGCUCAGGUCACUUACUCUCUGGCUGAGGACACGUUCCAGGGAACGUCUGUGUCCUCUUAUGUCUCUGUCAAUUCUGAUACUGGUGUCCUCUAUGCCCUGCGCUCUUUUGACUAUGAACAGGUUAGAGAGAUGCAACUACUGGUGAUAGCCAGUGACAGUGGGGACCCUCCACUCAGCAGCAACGUGUCACUGAGCCUGUUUGUGCUGGACCAGAACGACAACACACCUGAGAUCCUGUACCCUGCCCUCCCCACAGAUGGUUCCACAGGCGUGGAGCUGGCACCCCGCUCCGCAGAGCCUGGCUACCUGGUGACCAAGGUGGUGGCGGUGGACAGGGACUCGGGCCAGAACGCCUGGCUGUCCUACCGCCUGCUCAAGGCCAGCGAGCCAGGGCUCUUCUCAGUGGGGCUGCACACGGGCGAGGUGCGCACUGCGCGCGCCCUGCUGGACAGAGAUGCGCUCAAGCAGAGCCUGGUGGUGGUGGUGCAGGACCACGGCCAGCCCCCCCUCUCGGCCACGGUCACGCUCACCGUGGCCGUGGCCGACAGCAUCCCAGACGUCCUGGCUGACCUGGGCAGCAUCAGCACCCCCGCCGACUCUGAGGAUUCCGACCUGACCUUGUACCUGGUGGUGGCGGUGGCCGUGGUCUCCUGCGUCUUCCUGGCCUUUGUCAUCGUGCUCAUGGCGCUCAGGCUGCGGCGCUGGCACAUGUCACGCCUGCUCCGGGCUUCAGGAGGCGGGUUGGCAGAUCUCCCUGCCUCGCACUUUGUGGGCGUGGACGGGGUGCGGGCUUUCCUGCAGACCUACUCGCAUGAGGUCUCCCUCACUGCAGACUCAAGGAAGAGUCAUCUUAUCUUUCCGCAACCCAACUACGCGGACACGCUCAUCAGCCAGGAGAGCUGUGAGAAAAGCGAGCCUCUCCUGAUUCCAGAGAAGAUAAAUGCAAACGAAGAACUAGGAGUUAUUCAGGUGAGUUUUCUUUUUUAG